GUGCUCAACUUUUCUAGCUUCUGGGUUGUAAAGUUGGGUUCGAGUGAAGUCGGCACAGCAGUAGCCGACUUGAAAUCAAGUGAUCCGCCGCAUAUGCCCGCUGGGGAAAAUAGUUGGAACCGUUUCCCUCUACGGCGAUCGCGGCUGGUGGUGCGGAGCGCGGAGACGUACGUGGAGAGAUGAUACUGGCCCUCCUCUUCGCCAACGCCGACGGCAACAUCCUCAUUGAGCGUUUUCAUGGAGUGCCUGCAGAGGAGCGACUGCAUUGGCGAUCUUUCCUAGUGAAACUAGGAGCUGAUAAUCUUAAAGGAGCUAAAAAUGAAGAGCUUUUUGUUGCUUCACACAA